AAAAUAUUGAUUAUUGCUGAAAUGAACAAAUACUUCAACCUAGGAAACUCAAAAGAUCAGAAGCAAACUAACUUGAUGGAUGACCCUGAGUAUGGAUCAUAUGAAAAACCAGAGGAUAGCAAAAGUGAUGACAUGUUAGUUUCAGCUUUCAAACAAGUUUGGCAGAAGAAGUCUCAAUCAAUUAGAGAUACAAUAGAAGAGAAUAUAGAUUCUGGAAAGAGCUAUAAAUAUUUCGCUAUUUUCCUUGCAAUAGGAGGAUUAUUCUUGCUUCUUUCAUUAUUGUUUCUACCAACAGUGAUAUUCUCCCCUCACAAAUUUGCAAUGUUGUUCUCAAUAGGUUCAAUGUGAAUACUAGUAAGCAUGGCAUUCUAUCGUGGACCUAUUACUUACACAAAGAGGCUAUUUAGAAAAGAUCAGGCGCUGGUAUCAAUUUUAUACCUUGUUUCUCUCUUCAUGACUCUUUAUGCAUCAGUAAUCGCAGGAAGUUUCCUUCUGACUAUAAUUUCUUGUGGCGUACAGCUUUUUGCUUUACUAUGGUUUGUGACAGGCUCAUUCCCAGGAGGCACUAUUGGACUUAAAGCAUGUUUCAAUGCAAUCACCGAAAAAGUUCUUGGAAGAUAAUUGACUUCAUUA